ACCAGACUCACAACAAUGGCUUCACCAACUACAGAUGAUAAUCAAAUACCUGCUAGGAGAGUUGCGGUUGUUGGUGCUGGUGUCAGUGGACUUGCUGCUGCCUAUAAGUUAAAAGUGCAUGGAAUGAACGUGACUGUAUUUGAAACUGAUGGUAGAGCUGGAGGAAAACUAAGAAGCAUUUCACAGGAUGGUCUAAUAUGGGACGAGGGUGCCAAUACUAUGACUGAGAGUGAGGCAGACGUCAGCAGUUUGCUUGAUAAUCUUGGGCUUCGAGAUCAACAACAGUUUCCAAUUUCACAGCACAAGCGGUAUAUUGUGAGAAAUGGAAAACCUGUUCUGAUACCUUCUAAUCCAAUUGCACUGAUCAGAAGCAGUUUUCUUUCCCCACAAUCAAAGUUUCAAAUUCUUUGGGAGCCAUUUUUAUGGAAGAAGAACUCAUCCGAGACACAAGAAAGUGUCGGAGGAUUCUUUCAACGUCAUUUUGGAAAGGAGGUUGUUGAGUAUCUCAUUGACCCUGUUGUUGCGGGAACAAGCGGUAGUGAUCCUGAAUCACUUUCUAUGCGUCAUGCAUUUCCUGAGUUAUGGGAUUUAGAGAGAAGGUAUGGUUCAGUCAUUUCCGGGGCAAUUCAGUCUAUGUUAUCUUCAAAAGGUGGGAAGAAGAGUCCUCCAGGAAACCGCAAGCGUAGGCGUGGUUCCUUUUCAUUUUUUGGUGGAAUGCAGACACUCACCAAUGCACUAUGCAAAGAGUUUGGACAGCAUGAACUUAAUCUCCAAUCGAAAGUGCUUGAAAUGUCCUAUAGCUGUAGCGAUAACUCUGCAAUUGGGAACUGGUCGAUUUUUUGUGCUCCGGUUCAGAACAAACAAUUAAAUCAGCAACCUUUUGAUGCUGUAAUCAUGACAGCUCCACUUGGCAAUGUAAAAGAAAUGAAGAUUACAAAGAGAGGAAGUCCGUUUCUGCUCAAUUUUAUACCAGAGGUGAGUUAUAUGCCAGUUUCGGUCAUAAUCUCCACAUUCAAGAAGGAGAACGUGAAGCGGCCCCUUGAAGGGUUUGGAGUUCUUGUUCCUGCGAAGGAGCAGGAAAAUGGUUUGAAGACACUAGGCACUCUCUUCUCUUCUAUGAUGUUUCCAGAUCGUUGCCACAAAGACUUGUACCUUUAUACGACCUUUGUUGGGGGGAGUCGAAACAAAGAACUGGCAAAAGCUUCGAGGGAGGAGUUGAAAGAGAUAGUAACAUGUGACCUCAGACAGCUGCUUGGAGCAGAGGGGGAACCACAUAUGUUGACUCACUAUUACUGGAGCAAGGCAUUUCCGUUGUAUGGGCGGGAUUAUGAUUCAGUUGUAGAAGCAAUUGAGAAGAUGGAAAAAGAGCUACCUGGAUACUUUUAUGCAGGUAAUCACAAAGGAGGGAUCUCUGUGGGGAAAGCAAUAUCCUCAGGAUGCAAAGCGGCUGAAUCUGUGAUUUCGUAUCUGGAUUCUCAUUCGAAGGUGGAAGGAGGAGGAGGAGGAGGAGAGGAGAUUUAAGAGUUAAAAAAGGUUGUAGUAUUAGUAUAAUAGAGCAAUGAGAAGAAGGUUUUGAUGAUAUUUUAUUAGCUUUACAUAUUGAUUGGUGUAAUAAUAAAAAUUGUGGUUAAAGAAAAUGUAAUGAUGAUUGGGGUGGGGC